AUGGCGGCUUCUUCAACGGCCCUUGCAACGCUUGUAAUAAUUUGGUUUGACCCGCUGCUGCUGGACCUGAUUGAGGACGCCGCCGGGGGCAAGCUGGCGCAGGAUGCGUACCCCUUCCUCAGGGCCCCCGGGGACGCGGACGACUUCGCCACCAGCGAGGCUGUGCGGGUGGCCAGCGCGCGCACCAACAGGUCCACCCUCAACUGGGCGCGCAAGGGCUCCGCCAGCUCAGCGGCCGGCCCUGAGGCCGCCAGCGGCCCCAGCGCCCUGCUCGGCUACGGCGGCGCCGGCGGCGCUGCGGUGGGCGGCGGGCGGCGGCUGGUAGUGUUCGUGAUCGGCGGGGUCACGCGCAGCGAGAUGCGGGCGGCGCACCAGGCCUCCAAGGCCCUGGGCCGCGACGUGCUGCUGGCCUCCACAGCAGUGCUCAAGCCUUCGGCCUUCGCGGAGCAGCUGGCGCAGCUCGGCAGCGGCGGCGGCGACGAGUGA